AAAGAAGAAGAGGAAAAGGAAGUAAUAAAAGAAGGAAUUGACUCAAUUGAGUUGGGAGAAUUCAAUGUUUUGAUGUUUAUAAGGCAUAAAAAGGCGAAAUAUAUCAAUAUUUUAUAUCACCAUACAUUAUUACUGUAUGAUCAGUUGAAGCUUCAAAUUAGUAAAUUAAUAUUAUUUUAAGGAGACAAGUUGUUUUAAUGCAAUAAAACAACAAAGAAUGGGUAUUGAUGGCAAACUUAUACAAUUUAUGAAUUGCCAAUUACUUAAAGAUCAUAAGAUAGUGGAAGAUGAUCUUUGGGUUCGUGAUGGAAUUAUCUUAAAUCCUUAUGUUGUGUUCUUUGAUGAAAACAUUGCUGCUGAUAUUAAGAUUGAUUGCAAAGGAUUGUUGAUUUCACCUGGUUAUAUUGAUGUCCAAAUAAAUGGAGGGUUUGGUGUUGACUUCACUUCAGAUACUGAGUCUAUUGAGUGUGGUUUAUAAAGUGUCAAAAGUCUUCUUAGAUUUGGCAUCACAUUUUGUCCUACCAUAGUUACCUCUUCAAAAACAACUUAUCAUAAGCUUCUUCCAAAAAUUGAAGAAUCUUCAAAAACUGUUUGUGGUGCAAAGGUUCUUGGUUUACAUCUCGAAGGGCCUUUUAUCAGCAAAGAAAAGAAAGGCGCCCAUAGAGAAGAAUAUGUGGAAACUCUCGAUUUAGGAGGGAUUAAAAAAAUGAUCGAUUUUUAUGGAAGUUUGAGAUUCGUUAAGAUAAUUACAAUGGCACCAGAACAAUCUUUUGCUAUGGAAGUUAUAAAAUAUCUCGUGAAAGAAAAUAUUAUAGUGUCAAUAGGUCACACUACUGCUAGUUUUGAUGUUGCCGAGGACGCUGUUCGAUCGGGAGCAAGAUUUAUAACACAUUUAUUCAAUGCCAUGUUGCCCUUUCAUCAUCGUGAUCCAGGUGUUGUAGGUUUAUUGACAAGUAAUAAUCCACAACCUAUUUAUUUUGGAAUGAUUGCUGAUGGUAUUCACACUCAUCCUUCAGCAUUACGUAUUGCACAUAGGAGCCACCCUGACGGACUGGUUUUAGUUUCCGAUGCAAUUGCUGCGCUUGGCCUCCUUCCUGGAAAACACAAACUUGGCACAAUUGAAGUUGAAAUCUCCGAAAAUAUGGUUACAGUUGCAGGACAAAAGACAUUAGCUGGAAGCAUCGCUUCUUUGGAUUAUUGUGUUCGACAAUUCAAAAAACUUGCAGGCUGUAGUAAAGUAGAGGCCUUGGAAGCUGCAACCCUUCAUCCAGCUCAAUUGUUGAAAAUAACUCACGAAAAAGGAACUUUAAAUUAUGGCGCAGAAGCUGAUAUUAUUUUAUUAAAUGAGAAUUUAGAGGUUCAAGCGACGUUUAUUACGGGAAAUCUAGCGUGGAUGAACGAGAAAGAUAACGUCAUCUGCAAAAUGUUUGAUGCUUUUAAAGCCCACUAUCAUGCGUGAACGUUGGUGUUAACACACAUGUAUUAAUGAUUGUGGAGGUGGGGUAAAGGGGGAUAGAUUAUGUUGGAUAGAGAAUUAUAGUAAAGUUGUUAAAAAUAUUCUAUUUCCAUGUCAUAUCCAUAUUUUGAAAAUAAAAUGAAUGUUCAGAUUUUUUAAUUUUUCAGGUUGUUGUUGUUUAAUGCUGACAUUUUAACGACAUUAUACAUGACUUUACAAUAACUAUAAAUAGCAUGUGUUAUAUGCUAAAGCUGUAUUAUUUUAAUACUGAUUUCUAGUGUUGCAUUUUCAUACAUUGAAUACACUUUACAGUACAUGACUCAUUUUCAAUAACAAUUUAUGAAAUGUGUUUUUAUUACUAUUGAGGUUAAUGAAUAUAAUGUAUAUAAAUAUAAAUGUUAUUGUUUUGUAUAAUCUAUUGACUUGAAUUAAUUACAUAUUUAUUUUAAUUUAUAAUAAUUAGUGAUAGUUAUUGUCUUAUCAAUAAGUAACAAUAUAGAUUUUGUCAUAUAAAGCAGUAAUUGUCAUUC